AUGGCACGUGCCCGGCAGCAGCACGAAGACGCUGUGCGGGCCUUCGAGCAAAAGCGAACCCAGCGCGAGCUGGCGGUGCCCACUGGAGACGCGCAGGUGAAAGCCAAGCUCCGAGAGUUUGGUGAACCAGCGUGUAUCUUCGGCGAGGGGCCGUACGAGCGGCGGGACCGCUUGAGGACCAUCAUGGCAGGGCGUACCGCACCGACCUUGGACUCAAAGAGGCAGGAGUCGACUGGCGACGAGGACCUCUUCUACACUGAAGGGGUGGAAGAGCUGUUGGACGCAAGGGUGAAGAUCGCGGACUGGUCGCUGGCCAGGGCCAACCAGCGAUUGGUGAAGGAGCGACGACAAAGGAUGGAUGAAGACCCGGUGGAAUACGAGGAGCGGGUGGAUCGCUUCUCCAUGUUCCUGCAAAAGUCCAUGGUGGCCGAGGUCUCGCAGGUGGGCGAUGAGCGGCCACUGACACAGGGGAAGUUCUCCCCAGAUGCCUCGCUCUUCUGCACCUCCUCCUGGUCUGGCUUCAUCAAGCUGUGGAAGACCCCUUCAUGCGAUCCCGUCCUGACCAUCCGUGUCGGCGAAGACAGGUGCAACAGCGUGGCAUGGCACCCCAGUUGCAAAGGCACACCUCCCUUUGAGGGCAACACGGUGCGCUUGGCCUCAGCCUCCGCAGACUCCAGGAUUAGCCUCUGGUCGUUAUCCGAGAGCCAGCCAGUCAACGUGCUGGAGGGCCACGAGGAGCGGGUCAACAGAGUGGUGUUCCAUCCGAUGGGCGAGCACGUGAUUUCCACGUCUCAUGACAUGAGCUGGCGGUUGUGGGACGUAGAAACAACCACAGAGCUCCUGCUGCAGGAAGGCCACUCUCGGCCAGUGUAUGGCUGCUCAGUGCACCCUGAUGGCUCUCUUGUGGCCACCAGUGAUCUUGGUGGUGUUGUUCGAGUCUGGGACUUGCGCAGCGGUAAGACCGUCAUGCCUCUGGCGGCGCACGGCAAACAGGUCCUUGCCGUCGACUUCCAUCCACGCGGCACCAUCCUUGCGACGGCCAGUGAUGAUCACAGCAUGCGUGUCUGGGAUUUGCGGAAGAGGAGGUGCACGCACAACCUCUUGCUCCACAACAAGCUUAUUUCGGAGGUGAGCUUUGAGAAAGGUGAGGGGCGCCUGGUGUUGACUUCCAGCUACGAUGGCACAGUGAAGAUUUGCUCUACGACAGACUGGAAGGUCGUGAAGGUUCUUAUUGGUCACGAGGGCCGCGUCAUGGGUGCUGACCACAUCCCUGCCGCUGUUGGUGGCCACCACUACAUAGGCUCAGUGGCCUUCGACCGCACUCUGAAGUUUUGGUCGACGCAGGGCAAGGCCGAGCCUCCCGUCGAUGCCACCGCCUUCAUGACCUGA